UCCGACUCGCGCCGCGGCUCCCUCGCCUGUCCGCGGAGGCUUGUCGGCUCGGCGAGACAGCAAGAGCUGCGGCCGGCAGGGGGCUGUGCGGACCCAAGGCGGCUGCGGUGGCGCCGGCCUGUGGAAAAUGCCACCAGGCGGCGCUUCGGUUCGUUGCUCAAGUGACGGCCGUUCCCCGCCCCCCCACCCCUGAACCCCCUGCGACCGCCGGGGAAGAAGCCGCCCGCGCAGGGAGUACCGCACCGAGACGCUUCGGCGGGAACGAGGCCGACUGCCGGCUGUGCCGGUUGCGCCCCUGAGGAACUUGUGUCCCUGAAGCCUGGUAAAGCUGCAGAGCUGGUUUCCACUCACUUUCCUGAACCGAUUGAAAUAGUCAUUAAGGAGCUUCAGGAAUCUGCAGCCAGAUGCCCCAGACAUCGUUACAGUGGUUCCCCCUUAUCCUGAGGGUGAUGGAAGGUGUACACCAGACACUGGAAGAACAUGGAAUGGUGAGAGGACUGGCCAGAAAUGUCCAAGUGUACAAUCCACCGAACAGCGGGGACGUUGGCUGGACCCUGCCCCUGGCCGGUGCAGCAGCGCCGCGUGUGUGCGCUCCCCUGGCUGGCAUGAGGCCCCCGGAACCUGAGAGAGAGGGCAAGACCAGGAGAAGGCAAGACCAGGAGAAGGCAGGCCCAGGUGUGGGCAGGCCAGGAGAGGGCAGGUCCAGGAGAGGGCAGGCCAGCGCCGGCGCUGAGAUCGGGAGGCGGCAAGAGGCCAAGAGGGAAGUGAGCGGUGUCGGAAGGCGAUAAGCCAGAUGAAGAAGAGACUCACUGAGUUCGCGAGCUGCGUGGGCUUCAGCAUCCAUCAGAGAGAGCGCAGGAAUCGUGAGAACCCCGUGCCUGGGUAUCACGUCCGUAAGCGCGAACUAACUCCGUUCCACGAAGCCGCGUAUUUUGGUCAUCUGGACACAGUGGAGGUGUUGCUGUUACGCAACGAAAAUGUCGUAGACGGCAGAGACAGGAAGAACAGGACUGCCCUACACUUGGCCUGCACCACCGGCCAGUCAUCAGUGGUGAGGCUCCUCAUACAUUGGGAUUGUAAUCUGAAUGCUCGUGACAAGGAAGGCAAGACAGCUCUCAUCAAGGCUGUACAAUGCCAGAAAGAAGUAUGUGUCACUGUCCUGCUGGAAUACAGAGCUGACCCAAAUCUUGAGGACAACUGUCAAAACACUGCUCUGCAUUACGCCGUCUUGGCUGGAGAUACAUCAAUUGCAGCAAAGCUGCUCCGCUAUAAUGCAAAUAUUGAGGCGACAGACAAGUAUAACUUCACACCACUUUUACUCGCCAUCAGGGAGAACAAAGAAGAAAUGGUCAAAUUUUUGAUAGAGAACGGGGCAAAUGUACAUGCAGUCGACAAGCUGCAAAGAUCAGCGCUCACGCUUGCUGUGUUUCAUGACUCACCGGACAUAGUCAAGCUGCUUCUUCAGAAGCAUGUUAAUGCCAGUUCUCGAGAUUUACAGGGAUGGUGUCCUGAACAAUAUGCUCGUUUGAACGGUUUUAAACACAUUUACCAACUGAUUGUCGACUACAGAGACGGAAAGAUACCAACUACUCCCCCUCAAAAUAGCGACCUAGGACAGAGUUCUGCUAAGGAGAGUUUACCUUCUUCGCGUACUGGAGCAGAGAAUAUCCAAGAAAAGUUGCAAUUGUCCGGCAAGGAUGACGAAGAAGAAAUGGUUGUCGAGUUGGGAACCAGCAAUGGCAGCUGCACAGAUUCACCGAAGAAUGUUGAGCAGAAGACGGAUUUAGUGGUUGAGUUUUCACCGAGGUUUGAAGACAUCUCUGUCAUCAGUAUUUCACCCAAACAUGAUGUUGAUGAUUCAAGGCCUCCAUCAGAUGGUGACUUAGAUCUUGCUCCCAAGAAAGUCCAGCAUCCAAGAUUUGCAAAGCCAGUUCAGGCCUGGCAAGAACCCAUGAUAAACACAGAGGCAAAAGAUGGUGUUUUGAAACCAGGAACUAGCACCUUCUUUGAGGACAAUAAUUCUAAUAAUGAAAAUGAAGAUGCGGUUACAACCUUUUCCCAACCAUCAACCAAAGUUCCAGGCUUUUCUCAUCCUGCCUUCCCAGCACCGGAACCUCUCACGUCUUCAGCAGUCCUUGGUGUUACAGAGGAAGAAGCAAGAAAGCCGAAAACUGGGGGAAAAGAGAACGGCACUCGGACUAUUAACAGUGUUCUAAAGGAGCGAGCAGAUCAUACCAAAUUGAUUUCUGUUGAUGGAGCACACAAAAGUGACAAAGGUGACUCAACAUCAGCAUUAAGAUUCGAAGAAAAGGAAGAUGUCAAAUCACCCUGGGAUUCUGAGAGUACCUCCAAGAUUCAACUACCGAACCAUGUUGAUCAUUUAUCUGGAGCUGCAGGUCUAAGAGAAGAAAAUACAUUAAAUGGACAAAUAGAAAAUUCUACUGAAAAAUAUCCUCACCUGAAGCCUGCAGUUGGAGUGAAAGAUUCUGUUCCUAAUAAAACAGGAGAAAUGAAGAAUUUACAAAGAUUGAAAUCAGAUCCUUCAGACUGGGAUUCUACUAGUUUGAGCCUCAAUAAUGAGGCUGGUCAAAGAGCUGAGCAUUUGAAAGUUGAUAAAUGUCCUUUGGUAUCACAAUCAGUGACCACAAACCAGUCAGCACCCACAGAACUGAGGCAGACGGCCAUAGUAGAUAAAGACCGGAUGAAUAUUGAAGCCAUGUCUCUGUCAGAAAAUGCAGCGCUCCGUGGCCUGUGUGAACCACAGCUGCCAGAGAACAGAAGCAGCCAAGAAGCAGACCCAGACUUACAAAGGGCAUCUGAGGAAGAGCAAGAAAGACUUGAUGGGAGUGAAAAUAACCUCUCACAGGAUAAAUGUGUUUUACAAGCAUGUACUGUGAAAGAAAAGAAAUCUGAAGAUCAAAUCAAGCAGAGUAAUCUUUCACUUGUGCAUCUGCAAAAAAUGCCUAGAGAACCAGAAAUGAAUAUGGAACGUGACAGAAAGGACGUACGUGUAUCUUCAAAACAUUCUUGUGUGGAGAAGCAUGAGGACAUGUGGGUCAAACAAGGCAAAUUGGACUGGAAAAAUACUUCCGAAUUUAUCACAAAGAAGGCAAAUCAGAAAAUCAGUAAAAUCCUUGAAAAAUGCAAAAUUAUUUUUCAUCGUAAGGGAGGGUCACUACGUGACAACUCUGAACUACAUGGUGAUUUAAAGGAACUACCUUCCAAUGUGACAGAUAAUAUAUUCGACAGUGAGGAAAAAGAUGCACCUGGAGCCUCUGUCUCUGUAGGAUCCCAGGCAAUCUCUGAACACAAAGAGCCCAGUCUUGAAAAAGUUUUUCCAUCUUAUUCCAAGUCUGAGUCAACAGAGUAUGGUUGCCAGCCAUCUUCAAAACUUUAUUUAAAUGAAAAGAAGUUAGAUGAAAGUGAUAAGCCGGACAAUGAACACGUUUUUAACAAAAAUGAGAGUUUUUAUAAUGAUAGAGAAAAUGAAGUAAGGAACCGAGUUCCAUUUAAAGUGAAAGAAGACCAAGAAUUUGAUACAAAAAGAAAACAAAAAAGGAACCAAAAUACUCACUGGAAAUCAGACAUUGGCCGUGCACCUCAGGUUGAAGUAGAAGAGAACAGGAACAAAAGUAGUGAACUGAAAGGAUCAGAAACCAUGUGUGAUGGCAGUUAUUACAAAGGAUUAACUCAGCAGAGGAAGAGGGGAAAAACUGAUGACCAGCAGUUUCCUGCUCUGCAGAAAGGAAAUUCUGAUAGCUGUCCUGGCUUGUGUAUGACGGAAGUAAAGAAUAAAAGUGGAAAACGGACAUUAAAAGCAUCUGUGACUUCACGUGUACUUGCGAAGACUGCCUCGCUGGCUGGUGGUCUCCUACACGUGAAUGACAACAGCAGUUUAAGUGAAGGAGAUCAAGAUUGUGGCAGGUCUUCAAAGAAAACGUCUACUAAAAAGGACCAGGUCAAAGAGCAGAUGAAUUCUGUGGAUGGCCUCGAUGACUUAACUCUGUCACCAGAAACAGCUUCCAAGGAUUGCGAGUCGCUUUUCCCUAAUUAUAAGAAUACCCUGAGGCUAAUCGAACAACUUGGUCCGGAGAGUAAAGAUUCUGAUAGGUUAUUGAAAAUUCAGGAUCCAGUUGAUUCAUUCAGAUCAACAGAACAUAAAGAAUCUGACUGUGCACUACUUAGAGGGAAAAUUAAAGAAAUGGAAAAUAAGGUGAACUGGCUACACACAGAGCUGCUGAAAACAAGAGAAGCAAAAUCACAGUUAAAACUUCAAAAUGUGGAGUGGGAACGAGAGCUCUGCCGCAUGAGAUUGACAUUAGAACAAGAAACAAAGAAGAAGAAAAAUGCUUAUAUAUUAUAUGAAAAAUCUAAGGAUGACUUAAAAAGAAAAGAGAAACAAUACAAUGAGCAAGUUUCCAUGAACCAACAACUUGAAAUCACUGCCCGAGCACUAGAAUGCAAACUGAAGAGCAUAAGGAAUAAACCAAAUCAGGUUUUAGAAGAGCGAAAUGAUGCUCAGAGACAACUUUCUCGAGAGCAGAAUGCCAGAGUAAUACAAGAUGAAAUCCUGGCCCAUCAUCUUUCCCAACAAAAGGAGGCAGAAAAGGCUAAUAAGAAAAUGAAUGCUGAGGACACAAAGGAUUUUGAGCUGUCUGACCCAGAAGAUAACAGCGAGGUGCUUCCUCAGCAACUUCCUGAAGCUGGAAGUCAGUUCCGUGGCCAAGAAAUGGAGCUCCAUCCCAGGAGAGAUGCUCUUAGACCAAUGACAUUGGUAUUACAAUGUGUGCGUAGAGACCGAGGCCAAGCCCAGCGUUCAAACAAGGGAACUGAACCCUUGUCUCAGAGCAAACAAGGGGAAGUCAACAAAUACAUUGGAAAGCAGGCGUUCUUGGAAAAGAGAGUAUAUGAACUACAAAGUGAAAACAUGUUGCUUCGACAGCAACUGGAAGUUGCUCAAAAUGAAGCCAGAAGUAAAAAGACAAUACUUAAUAUCCCAGAGCCGUUUCCUGAUCACAUGGGAAAACUUGAAGCCAUGAGCAAACGAGUUCUGAUGCUGGAGGAAGGAAACAAGGAAUUAAUCAGUGAAUACAAAUGUUUAAAAGACAGACUGUAUCAGUAUGAAACUGACAGAGCAGAAAUGAAAGCCCGUAUGAGACAGCUUCAAGAAGAACUGACUGACACCCGAAAGAAAGUGUCCAUGUUGGAAGCAUCCCUGGAGGUGACGGCACAUCAUCAGACUGAUGUAGAAGCUGAGACACAGGAGUCAGAGAGGAAAUCACAUCAAACUGCGAACCCAGUACGUGUGAAAUUCAGCAUGUCGGCCAAUGCUGAUCUUCCAGCAAAAGUGGAAUCUGCAUCUUCAGUACUUCUCCAUCUGAGUGCAGAAACUCAACUUCUUCUAAAGGAGUUAUAUCUAUGAAAGAGAUGCAAAAGAAAUGUGAAACACUAGAGGAGGAGAAGAAGAAAUUGGAGGAAGAAGCAGUAAACCUGAGACGUCACCUCGAAAUGAACACAGUGGAACGCAGUCAAGUGGAGCAGUACAAACGGGAGACUAAAAAGUGAGAAAGACGGGAUGUAGUAGAAACACUGAAAGAACUCAGCCAGUUUUUAAAGGUACAAGCAGCAUCUCAAGAAAACUUGUUAAGAGAGUAUAAACGUGCUUCAGUAGGUCAAAUGGAACACAGUUAAAGAUCUGGAACCUGAACUGAAAAGUAAAACUUUUCAGUUUGAUUCUAAUGAAAAAAAAUUGGAAAAAUACAAACGACUGUACCUGGAAGAGCUAGAAAACAGAAUGUCAUUGGCAAGUCAACUCACCUCAUGCGGAAGAAGUUGGAGAAUAAUAUAGAUAGAGAAUUAAAAGAAGCUAUUACUGAACUUGAAUCUAAGUCCUACAGACUCUCUUGUAGGCUCAAUGGACGAGUCAAGUCUAAGUCCAGAUCUGGUUUCAAAAGCACGUGAAGAAUAUGUGGAGAUUUUGAAGAAAAAGUAUAUGAUCUGCAAGAUAAAUAGUAAACAUUUACCUGCUGGGCUGUUUGCCUAACAUUUUAUUUACUUCUUGUUAUGUAAGAUACUGACACUGUUUAUUAAGGGAAAAUACUCUUGCAUUCUAUGGGCAUGAUUAAAAUUGAUGUAGUGUUUUAAACCACA